GACGCUCCUUUUCCUUUGACGUGACGGUUGCCUACUCGUUCGCCCAAUAAUAAGGAUCUCGCUGGACCCUUUGCGUUCGCUCCCCGCGGCCGGGCGGCAGCGCGCCUCCUACCUCCGAGACCCUUCCACUCCUCCCGCCUCGAUCGCCGAAAAUGAACGCCGGAAGCGCCGCCAAGCUCAUCGUCGAGGCGCUUCUCCAGCGUUUCCUCCCUCUCGCCCGCCGCCGCAUCGAGACGGCCCAGGCUCAGGAUGGGCAAUAUCUUCGACCAUCUGAUCCAGCUUAUGAGCAAGUGUUGGAUUCAUUAGCUAUGGUUGCACAGCAUACACCUGGACCACUUUUAGAAGCUCUUCUUCGUUGGAGAGAGAGUGAAUCACCAAAGGGUGCAAAUGAUGCUUCCACAUAUCAGAAGAAGCUUGCAGUGGAGUGCAUAUUCUGCUCUGCUUGCAUUCGCUUUGUGGAGUGUUGUCCCCAAGAAGGAAUUACUGAAAACCUAUGGUCUGGUCUGGAAAAUUUUGUGUUCGAUUGGUUAAUUAAUGCAGAUAGGGUUGUUAGCCAGGUUGACUAUCCUUCAUUGGUUGAUUUGCGUGGGCUCCUCUUAGAUCUUGUUGCACAACUUUUAGGUGCUUUAUCGCGGAUUAGGUUCAGCUCUGUAACAGAACGAUUUUUUAUGGAGCUAAAUACUCGACGUAUUGACACUAGCGUUGCCAGAAGUGAGACGCUCAGUAUCAUCAAUGGGAUGCGCUACCUAAAGCUGGGAGUAAAGACAGAAGGUGGUUUGAAUGCAUCAGCAUCUUUUGUGGCAAAAGCUAAUCCUCUUAAUCGUACUCCUCACAAGAGAAAGAGUGAACUAUAUCAUGCAUUGUGCAAUAUGCUUUCAAGCAUAUUAGCACCACUUGCAGAGAGUGGAAAAGGCCAUUGGCCUCCAUUGGGAGUGGAAUCUGCACUAGCAUUAUGGUAUGAAGCAGUAGCUCGAAUUAGAGGGCAACUUAUGCAUUGGAUGGAGAAACAGAACAAGCAUAUAACAGUUGGCUUCCCAUUGGUGACCCUUCUACUCUGUCUAGGCGAUCCCCAAGCAUUUAAUACUAACUUUGGUCCUCAUAUGGAGCUUUUGUAUAAGAAUCUUAAAGAUAAGAACCAUCGGUCGAUGGCACUAGAUUGCUUGCACCGGGUUGUGAAAUUUUAUUUAAAUGUUUAUGCAGAUUUCCAGCCUAAAAACCAAGUAUGGGAUUACUUGUACAGUGUCACAGCACAGUUGUUGACUGUCUUAAAGAAAGGUUUGCUAACUCAAGAUGUUCAGCAUGAUAAACUUGUUGAGUUCUGUGCGACUUUAGCUGAGAGUAACCUAGAUUUCACUAUGAAUCAUAUGAUACUAGAAUUGUUGAAACCUGAUAGUCUGAGUGAAGCAAAGGUUAUUGGUCUUCGGGCUUUGCUUGCCAUUGUUAUGUCUCCUUCAAAUCAACAAUUUAGCUUGGAAGUUUUUCAUGUUCAUGGUAUUGGUCAUUACGUUCCGAAAGUGAAAUCUGCUAUUGAGUCUAUCAUACGAUCAUGCAAUAAAGCCUAUAGCCAAGCCCUUCUUACUUCACCAAAGUCAACCAUAGAUAAUGCAACGAAGGAAAAAUCUCAAGCGUCUCUCUUCAGGUCAGUGCUGAAGUGCAUACCAUAUUUGAUCGAAGAAGUUGGCCGCAGUGAUAAGAUAACUGAAAUUAUUCCACAGCAUGGCAUAAGUUUUGAUCCUGGUGUUCGUGAAGAAGCAGUGCAAGUAAUGAACCGCAUUGUACGACAUCUUCCUCAUCGUCGUCAUGCUGUGGUGAGAGGGAUGGCUACCUUUAUACUGAAACUUCCUGAUGAGUUUCCUCUUUUAAUCCAAACUUCACUGGUCCGCCUAGUGGAACUUAUACGUUUGUGGAGGGCUUGUUUGUCUGAUAAACUGUUGGUAAAUGAUGCUCAUAGCAUUAAGAGACCAUGUCUUGAUGGUGAUAAAGUGAACAGGUCUCCAUUUCUUCAGUCAGCAGAUCCUUCUGAGUUCCAAACAACAGAAGUAGAUGCACUUGGUCUUUUUUUCCUCAGUUCAGUGGAUGUCCAGAUAAGACAUACAGCAUUAGAGUUACUGCGGUCUGUUCGUGUUUUAAGAAAUGAUAUCAGAAACCUCUCAGCAAAUGGCCGAGCUGAUAAUAAAUUGUUUGAGGUGGAACCAAUAUUUGUCAUUGACGUAUUGGAAGAAAAUGGAGAUGAUUUUGUUUUGAGUAGCUAUUGGGAUUCUGGUCGUCCUUUUGAUUUGAGGAGGGAAUUCGAUCCAGUGCCUCCAGACAUAACACUUCAGUCCAUUCUUGAAAACCCUGAUAAAAACAGAUGGGCCCGCUGUCUUAGUGAACUUGUUAAAUUUGCUGCUGAACUUUGCCCAACUUCUGUUCAGGAAGCAAGGCUGGAGGUAAUACGUAGGCUUGCACUUGUUACACCUGUUGAAUUAGGUGGGAAGGCUUAUCAGUCACAAGAUGCAGAAAACAAACUUGACCAAUGGUUAAUGUAUGCUAUGUUUGCAUGCUCCUGUCCAACUGAUAACAGAGAAGACCGGGCCUUUACAGCAGCUAAGGAGCUUUUUCAUCUCAUAUUCCCAGCACUUAGACAUGGAUCUGAAAUAUACACUCAUGCAGCUAUCACUGCUCUUGGCCACUCAAACCUGGAAGUAUGUGAAACAAUGUUUGGUGAGCUUGCAUCAUUUGUUGAGGAAGUUUCGUCAGAAGCAGAGGGAAAGUCAAAAUGGAAGAACCAGAAGUCCCGCCGUGAGGAUCUUCGCAUACACAUUGCAAACAUAUAUCGUACAAUCGCUGAGAAAGUUUGGCCAGGGAUGCUUAGUCGGAAAGCUAUUUUGCGACUACAUUUUCUGAAAUUUAUUGAAGAAACAUACCGCCACAUAUGCGCAUCACAAUCUGAUAGUUUUCAGGAAUUGCAGCCUCUCCGUUAUGCGUUAGCUUCUGUGAUACGAUAUUUAGCUCCAGAAUUUGUGGAGUCAAAGUCUGAUAAGUUUGAUGUCAGAAUUCGUAAGAAGCUUUUUGAUCUUCUUCUUAGUUGGUGUGAUGAUACAGGCAGCACAUGGUCACUUGAAAACAUUAGUGAGUACCGCAGAGAAAUUGAGCGCUACAAGUUGGGACAGCACAACCGAUCAAGGGAGUCAAUAGAUAAAUUCAAUUUCGAUAAGGAGGUUUUUGAGCAAGUGGAGGCAGUGCAGUGGGCCUCCAUGAAUGCCAUUGCCUCUCUUUUAUAUGGGCCAUCUUUUGAUGACAAUGCCAGAAAGAUGACUGGUCGGGUUAUAUCUUGGAUCAACAAUUUAUUUAUGGAACCAGCUUAUAGGGCACCAUUUGGGUUUUCACCUGCAGAUCCACGAACUCCAUCAUACACAAAAUACACGGGAGAUGGAGGACGUGUUAGUGCAGGACGAGAUAAACAGAAAAGUGGACAUCUCCGCCUUCUUCUAGCAAAAACUGCAUUAAAAAAUCUUCUCCAGACAAAUUUGGAGCUAUUUCCUGCUUGUAUUGACCAAUGCUACUCUCCAGAUUCUUCAAUAGCAGAUGGUUACUUUAGUGUACUAGCUGAAGUCUAUAUGUGCGAAGAAAUUCCAAAGUGUCAGAUCCAGAGACUGGUAAGUUUGAUCCUCUAUAAGGUAGUUGAUCAGUCAAAACAAGUUCGUGACGAUGCCCUUCAAAUGUUGGAAACCCUUUCUGUCCGUGAAUGGGCUGAAGAUGAAUUUGAGGGUACAGGGCGUUAUCAGGCAUCAGUGGUUGGAAACCUACCAGACUCCUAUCAACAAUUUCAAUAUAAGCUUUCCUCAAAACUUGCUAAAGACCAUCCUGAGCUGAGUGAACUCCUGUGCGAGGAAAUUAUGCAACGACAGCUUGAUGCGGUGGACAUUAUUGCACAGCAUCAGGUCCUAACAUGCAUGGCUCCUUGGAUUGAGAAUCUGAACUUCUUGAAACUUAAGGAAUCUGGCUGGGGUGAAAGAUUAUUGAAAAGCCUUUACUAUGUGACGUGGAAACAUGGUGAUCAAUUUCCUGAUGAAAUAGAGAAGCUGUGGAGCACUGUUGCUAGCAAUAACCGGAAUAUCAUUCCAGUCCUUGGUUUUUUGAUCACCAAAGGGAUUGAAGACUGUGAUUCUAAUACAUCAGCAGAGAUAACUGGAGCAUUUGCUACAUAUUUCUCAGUAGCCAAACGUGUUAGUCUAUAUCUUGCACGCAUUUGCCCACAACAGACCAUUGAUCACUUGGUUUGUGAGUUAUCACAGCGAAUGCUGGAGGAGAUUGAGGAUCCAGUUAGGCCUAGCAAGGAUGAUCCUUUGGCAAGUUUUAUUUUGGAGUUUUCUCAAGGCCCCACAACUUCUCAGGUCACAACUAUUGCAGACAGCCAACCUCACAUGUCGCCUUUGCUUGUUCGUGGUUCCCUUGAUGGGCCACAUAGAAACACCGGCGGUAACCUGAACUGGCGGACUUCAGCAAUAACAGGCCGGAGUAUCUCAGGCCCUCUGAGUCCAUUGCACCCUGAAGGUAACAUUAUUGCUCCUUCCACUGGUCGGUCAGGGCAACUCCUUCCAGCACUUAUGAACAUACCAGGGAUGAGCUUGUCAGGGCCAUUGAUGAGUGUUCGGAAUUCAACAGGUAAUUUAAGGAGCCGCCAUAUGUCACGUGACAGUGUAGAUUGCCUAAUUGAUACACCUAACUCUGGUGAGGAUAUUUUGCAUCUUGGGGGUAUUGAACUUCAAGGAAUUAGUGCCAGUGAGCUCCAAUCAGCUUUGCAGGGACAUCAACAACACUUACUAUCCCGUGCAGACAUAGCGUUGAUUUUACUUGCCGAAAUUGCUUAUGAGAAUGAUGAGGAUUUUCGUGAACACUUGCCACUGCUCUUUCAUGUUACUUGUGUCUCCAUGGAUAGCUCAGAAGACAUUGUGCUCCUGCAUUCUCAGAAUCUGCUUGUCAAUUUACUCUAUUCACUUGCUGGUCGGCAUCUAGAACUGUAUAAGGUUGAGAGUGGUGAUAGAUUACGGUCUUGUGGGAAAUCUUUGCCUAAAGAGGGUGGAAAGGUGCCAGCAUUUGAAGGUGUGCAGCCUCUUGUGCUGAAGGGACUUAUGUCCACUGUCAGUCAUGGUUCUGCAAUCGAGGUGCUAUCUCGAAUGACUGUUCCUUACUGCGACUCUAUAUAUGGGAGCCCGGAGACACGGCUUUUAAUGCACACCACAGGCUUACUGCCCUGGCUUGCCUUACAGCUAAUGAAGGAUCCGAUUGCCACAGACUCGGUUACACCUCUUCGACUUCAGUACCAGAAAGCAUGCUCUGUUGCUUCUGACCUUUCAUUUUGGUGUCGUGCAAAAGCAUUAGAUGAUCUUGCUGAAGUGUUUCUAGCUUAUUCUCAUGGUGAGAUCACAUCCAGUGAGGACCUCUUUGCCUGUGUAUCUCCACCAAUUUGUUCUGCAUGGUUCCCCAAGCACUCAUCUUUAGCAUUUGGUCAUUUGCUAAGGCUGCUUGAGAAGGGUCCUCUGGCUUACCAGAGGGUGGUACUAUUGACGCUUAAAGCACUGCUGCAGAAGACUCCAAUGGAUGUGGCACAGAGCCCACAUGUGUAUGCUGUUGUCUCACAGCUUGUCGAGAGCACAUUAUGUUGGGAGGCGCUUGGUGUUCUGGAAGCACUUCUGCAAAGUUGUAGCAGUGUUGCUGGUGGCCACAUGGACGAUCCGGGAUCAAAUGAAAACGAGUAUGAUGCAAGUGACAGAGUCUUACACGGUAUGUUGGCACCACAGAGCUCAUUCAAGGCACGAAAUGCAACCCUACAGUAUUUGGGUGGAUCUGCAUUUGGAACUGGAUUACCAGCUCAAGGUGCUGGGUCAACAACUGAUGGUGGUUUGUCGGCAGGAGAGGUGGCACUUCAGAAUACUCGUUUGCUUCUUGGUCGUGUGCUGGACAGUUGUGCGCUCGGAAAGAAGAGGGACUUCAAGCGUCUUGUUCCCUUUGUUGCCAGUAUCGGGACAUGAAGCACAUCCGAUGCUAGCAAUAUUAUGCAACAAUGUUGAAUGAUCCUUGUAUGGUCUCUUUUUGUCCCGAGGCAUAUGGCAACUGCCCCCAAAAUGGGUUUAGGAGCAAGGCUCCUGCUCCAUUGAAGUUAUCUACACCGAGGAAGGCACCAACGAAUGCUGCUAUUCGACUCGGAUGAACUGGAAUCCUGGCACUGGAUCCAGAGGUAUCGAUGAUGUUGGUGGUAGUCGUUUUAAUUUUUCAUGAAGCCUUUUUGCAGUUAUUACUACCAGAAUCUCCUCUAAUUUAAUAUCUCAUUAUAUUUUUGUCCUAUGAAGCAUCUUGGUCUCACAUUUUGAUGAAAAAGUAUGUGGGCACAUUUCAUCGGCUUAUUUAAUAGACUAAGUGAUUCGGAAGUCUUGGUCGACAUCCUAAUUCAGCGUAUUCCCUCCUCCUCGGAGAAUCUGAAAUGUUUUAUCUUUUUGUAUAAAUGUAAAGUCUCCCAUGUAUUUAUGGAGGCUAAUGGUAUGGCUAAUUGGACGGCAUCAGGGCACCAAAACUACUAAUUUAUGGUUUGCUGUGAUGUGAACAGCCAUAUUUAUUUCCAUUAUAAUUAGUAAAAUUUAAUUUCUU